AUGGCGGACGAUUCAAAAUGUAUAAAGAUCAAUUUGCCUGUAGAUGCAGACGAUCCAAAUCAAGCAGUGGCGUAUACCAGAACCGUUUGUUCACCAUCUCUCAAAGACAACGAAUCUCUCAACAAUGCUUCUGUUUUAAGUGGCUCACAGACUAAUAUAUACAAUGGCUCAUCCACAGUUACCAUUAGCGGCGGCGGCGGCGCCCUUAGAAAAGUGCCAAAUAGCAGUCCCAGCAACAAUCAUAAACGACCGAUGAUAUCACUGACGCAUCUGCCCAAAAGACCUGCGGUGGAUAUUACCUUCAAUGAUUUGUCCUAUUCCGUGUCGGAAGGACGAAAAAGGGGCUACAAAACUAUUUUAAAGUGCAUUAGCGGGAAAUGCAAGUCGGGCGAAUUGACGGGCAUUAUGGGCCCGUCCGGCGCCGGAAAAAGUACGCUCAUGAACAUUCUGGCUGGAUACAAAACGUCCAAUCUCAGCGGUCAAGUAACGAUAAACGGAAAACAACGCAACUUGCGGCGUUUCCGAAAAAUGUCCUGUUACAUUAUGCAAGACGAUUGUCUCUCUCCCCAUCUUACAGUUAAAGAAGCCAUGUUGGUAGCCGCAAAUCUCAAGCUAGGCAAAAGCGUCACGUUGUCGGAAAAGAAAAUAGUUAUCAACGAAAUCAUCGAAAACCUUGGACUGCAAACCUGCAUCGAUAUUAACUCCGCCAAACUCUCCGGAGGGCAACGAAAGAGGCUAUCCAUCGGUUUGGAGAUGGUUAAUAAUCCACCUGUUAUGUUCUUCGAUGAACCGACCAGUGGCUUGGACAGCUCGUCGUGUUUUCAAUGUUUAUGUUUGCUUAAAUCUCUUGCCGGAGGAGGUAGAACGAUUAUUUGUACAAUACAUCAACCUUCUGCUCGACUUUUCGAAAUGUUCGAUCACCUGUAUAUGAUGGCCGAAGGGCAAUGCAUUUAUAGGGGACCCGUAUUGUCGUUGGUGCCGUUUUUAUCUGGUAUGGGGCUCAAUUGUCCCAGCUAUCACAAUCCUGCUGAUUAUGUAAUGGAAGUAGCCUGUGGUGAACAUGGAGAGUACGUGCAAAAAUUAGUAGUGGCUGUAAACGCGGGCCGUUGCAACAUGUACGGCAACACUCCGGACCAUAGAAAUAGCAAACUAGUUUCCAAUGAUAUCGUCAAAGAUACUGGAAGUUGUAAAAACACUAGUGGUGAGAUAAUUUCUGUGCCAAAUGGAUCUGUGAAACACCCGUCACCUUCAACGCCAGUUACAUGCACAACAUCGCUGUUAGACUCGUCGGAAAACUUAUCACCUUCAGAAAAAAAUGGAUUUUCAACAACUGGUUUUCAACAAUUCGCAAUUUUACUCAAAAGAAGUAUGUACAUGAUAUUGAUGGACAAGACUUUGACUCGUAUGAGAUUGGUAUCUCAUUUUGUGAUAGGUUGUCUUAUAGGCCUAAUAUAUUACGACAUAGGACAAGAUGCUGCCAAAGUUAUGAGUAACGCAGGGUGCUUAUUUUUCUGUGUGAUGUUUAUGAUGUAUACCGCAAUGAUGCCAACAAUUUUAACGUUUCCACUAGAAAUGUCUGUUAUUGUUAGAGAGCAUUUGAACUACUGGUAUUCACUGAAGGCGUACUACAUGGCCAAAACACUAGCGGAUAUACCGUUUCAAAUUGUCAUGACUUUAUGCUUUAUUAUUGGUGUCUACUUUAUUACGUCUCAGCCAUUGGAUGUCACCAGAUUUGGUAUGAUAUUGCUGGUUGCCGUUUUAGUGGCGCUAGUGUCUCAAAGUUUUGGAUUGCUCAUAGGUGCAGCUUUUAAUAUAGAGGGAGGAGUAUUCCUAGGACCAAUUUCUACCAUUCCGAUGGUACUAUUUUCUGGAUUUUUCUCCAAUUUAAACGACAUUCCGUUCUACAUAAGAUGGCUGCCGUAUUUGAGUUACCUUAAAUACGGUUUCGAAGCUUUCAUGAUAGCCAUAUACGGUUUGGACAGACCAAAGUUGAAUUGUAGCAUAGAGUACUGUCAUUUUAAGUAUCCCAAAACGUUUUUGGAAAAUAUGUCAAUGGACGGCAACAUAACGACUUACUUCAUAGACGUGGGUGUACUGUCCGGACUGUUUGUCUUUCUUAGAGUAAUAGCGUAUUUCAUGCUGCGUAUUAAAUUGAUGCAAAAUCGGUAA